AUGGAUUUCGUUCAAAUAUUUAAAGCCUUCAAAGCUAUUGAUUUUUCUGGAAACAGGUUCUCUGGACAUAUCCCUGGAUCUAUUGGUCUCUUGAGCGAGUUGCGUCUUCUCAACUUGUCAGGCAACGCAUUCACAGGCAAUAUCCCACCAUCAUUGGCAAUAUCCCACCAUCACAGGCACUUUUCAGGUGAAAUUCCUCGAGGACUCGGAAAACUCUUCUCUCCACCAUCAACUUCUCCCACAAUCAUCUUGAAGGAUUGGUGCCACGGAGCACACAGUUUGGAAGUCAAAACUGUUCUUCGUUCAUGGGACGUUUCUGGACUAUUUCAGACGCGAGGAGAGUUUCUCCUGGUUAUAUUUGUUGUUAGAAUCAGCUUGUUAAGGUGUGGUGAAUGUGUUAUUGAGUGUUCUAUUUAA